CCCUUGGGCGUGGUGAUCCCUGAUAGCGGCUCGGUGUCUCGUCAGCGAGCAAAAGCUUGUCUGGGCCCCGGGCCUGUUAGAUUUGCAAUUACAGCCACGAUGGCGAGACGAAGAGUGGGGGGGCCUCCGGAGAGGAAUCCAACGUCCGCGAGCAUGCCAGAGGCCGGUGCGGAAGCUUCUGCAGGCAAGGCGUGCGCUUGGCAGGCCCAGGAACAUGGCGGACGCCAGCUUUGCAUCCCCGGUUUUUUUACUUUCCACCUUUCCGCCAUGCUCCAUAUCCCGUUGUCAGUGCCAUGAUUCCAUUCUGGCCGCAUUGGCUAAGACGUGUUUGCUUGUCAUGAUCGACUGGUCUGCGGCAGCUUCCAUUGGCUUCCGUGAUCAUCAGUGGCUCUUCAUCCAUCUCCAUCGCAUGACUGCCGUCCCAACUGUCCCUGUCGCCGUGUGCCAUGCUAUCAGUAUCAUCAGCAUAUUUCUAGUCAUUCCUGGCUGCGACCUGCCGAGUUUAGUCAAUCGGUAGCUUGGACGCGGCCGCCGACCAUCGGGUGCAUAAUCCUCAAUAAUA